AUGAAGCAGGCCUUCCCUAAAAACGGUUACCUGAGGCAAUUACUGGCUCUCUGUCCAGCAGACAAAGCCCCAUCAGCUCCAGUAAAUACCAUGCCUUACUAUGAAGAAGGAAAAUCACCUCUGGAUGCCUUACAUAAGGCAGCGGUAGACUAUGCCUUGGCUGUAAAAUUGAAACCAAAGGACCCAGAGCUGCAUUUCCACCUAGGUGUGGUGUUAGAGGAACAUUACUAUGCGGCUGUGAUAUAUGGUGUGGUGAAAAAGAUUGAAGAACAGGGUGCAGAAAAGCUCUCUGCAGCUGAGACCUCUGGUAGAAAUGAUGAAAUUGCAGUCAUUUGUAGACUUCAUGGCUUCAAAGCAGAUUGCACACUACAGCAACAACUGAAGGCAUUGGACAUGGAAUACCACCAAUUAAAGGAACAGGGACAGGCUGCCAAAUCUGAUUAUGUACAGUCACUCUACAGCUGGAAAGCUCAGCAAGCAGGGAAGGAUGGUAAAUUGAAACCAGUGGUCUCCGAUGAGCAUAAGUACAUCGAAUGGUCUCUGCUGAAAUACUUAGAUGCCUUGUCUCUUCAACCUCAGAGUUGGAAAUACAAUUUUCAUGUUGGUCGGUUAUACCUGUUCCAAAAAAAGAACAAUGAUGCACUGAAACAUUUACAGGUGGCACUAGCACAGAAACCAACAGAACCUUCCAUCAGAUUUUAUGCUGGCUUGCUUGUGCUAGAUCAGGAUGAUGGCCUGGGUCCUCAAACACGCUAUGCCAUUCAAUACCUCCAACAGGGCUUAGAACAAUUACUAACUGACCUUCAAACUCCAAGUGACAACUCAGCAAAUCAUGAACUCUCAUUUCUUCGGGCUUUAGAUACAUUUUCUCUUCAGAACAUUCAGUUGAUCAAAGGGAUAUACAGGCUAGGAACAUUUCUCUUCAACCCACCAGCAGGAUUACCUGAAAGAACAAUGUCUCCCGAACAAGUUCUUCACUUUGCUGUCGAUUUAACUUCCCGAAGCCUGUGCAAAUAUCCGUACCGUGGAAUUUUAAGUCAGGAAUUGGAAUUGCUACUGCUUGAGGCUCAUUUUACCCUUUUAGAAUUACUUGCCCAUCAGACAUUGGUAAAUGAGGAUUUGGUUUCUAAAAGAUGCCAGGCUUUGUCUGCACUGAUAAAAAAUACCAACCUUCAAACCAAUGCAGAACUUCAAGAGAUGCAACGAACGGUGUGCCAAUUAAGAGUUGAAACAACACCAUGCAACGGUAAUGCUCUGUAUAUGCUUGGCUUGGCAUUCAUGGCUGAAUAUGACAGUGAGCCCACAAAAGAUAAAAAAGUUCUCCUUGAAGAUGCCUGCCUUUGUUUUCGAGCCAGCAUCACCCUGGAAAACAAACCAGUCGUUGGAACACCACCAGUGGAACUGACUAAACAGAAAUGGUGGCGGGAUUGGAAAAUGGACGAGUCCCUCAAAGCUCAGCAGCAGCAGCAGCAGCACCAGCACCAGCAACAGCAACAGCAGCAGCAGCAACAGGCACUGAAAGGUGCAGCAUCAGCAGCUCCUGCUCCUCCAAAAGGUGGAGCAGCCAGGGGCAGGGCCACUGCCACAAAAGGACCUGCAGUAGCCUCUCCUCAAAAAGCUGCCAACGCACCCCGUGGUGCAGCUGCAGCUGCGAGAGGGGGCAGGGGACGUGCUGCUGCCAAGCCUAUGACUCCUACAAGACAACCUGAAAAACCAGCUGGAAAAGAUGCAGUCCCCGGCACCUCCACUGGUACUGGUCAGGGUGGUAAAUCAUCACCAAUGCCCCCUGCCAUAAACCCAGUUUCUUUUGCCUAUCGCUUAGCACUGGCUCGUGCUUUGUCACGCUUGGAUGAAUUAUCCGCUGAGGCCCAGAAUUACUACAAUGAAGUGAUCAAAAUGGCACCAGGGGUCCAUGAUGCUUACAUGGAAUUAGCAGAUCUUCUCCUCAAGACCAAUCCCCUGCAAGCAGUGGACGUUUACAGCAAAUUUCCUUUAAAACCCCUUAAUUCACAAACAUAUGACGAUGCCUUCAUUACUGGAGAGAUUGCUCGCCUGUUAAUGAAGUAUGAAAAGUACGAUGACAAGCGCCUGGUGCCAAACCUGAUUGCGUAUGGGAGAGUAAUGGGACUAGCUUCCAUCGAUAAUUACAUUAACACCCUUGACCGGAAAAUGAAGAACGAGAUUUUGAUGAAAGUCUACGCAGGAAUCCAUGAUAAAUCUAUUGAAGAUACAGAACUUCAAGCAUUCUUCACUUUCAAACAUUGGAUAUAG